AUGACCUCCGUCACAUGCCUGGCCCUGCAGCCAUCUCUGUCUAUUUCUAAGUGCGAGUCCACUGUCACAGAGCUCAAGGGAUGUGACUCGCCCAAGUCCCCAUCUGAGAUGGCCAAGGUGAAAAGGAUCGAUCCACCGGGAAACGAGCUCGGUCGUCAAGAAUCACGAGCAUCGACAUCUACUUCGAUCAGUCACUCCCGCUCGGCAUCCCGCAGCACUGUGCGAUCGCGACCAAACAGCCGCCGCAGUUCCUUGCAUUCGCGCCGAGCUGUGCCCAACGCCGCCAUCGUGCCUGUCACCUCAGCUCGCAGUUCCAUGCAGGAUAAGCGCGAGUCACUGAUAGCGUUACACCGGGAGUCAUGUCGUCUGUUUCAAGAUGAAUCGAACAGACCCUCGACCGAGACAAGACUUUCUCUAUACCGGACAGCAUCAGCUACGUACAGGCCUCAACGCGAGAGCCGCAUAUCAACAGAGAAAGGCAGCUCGGAACCGUCGUCUCCAGUCAGACAUUCAUAUUCCAGCAUCCGCUUCGGGAUAGAGUCCACUUCACCAACCUCGACGAGCGCACCCCACUUCAUCACACCAAGAGAUCGAUCAAACACCUUACCCAGCAGUCACCACCGCAGCCCAUCGUCCUCGUCCAUCCACGUCCCGGCGACAGUAAUGGAAUGGACCUCACCAGAUACCCGGCGGCGUGAAUAUGAAAAGAUUGACCGUGCGAGCAGUGGUGUCCGGGGUCUCUGGCGCCGCGUCGCGCCUCGCUGCUUCCAGUCCCGCGACUCGCGCACCCCGUUCUUCGAGGAAGGCAAGACUGAGCGCGAAGGCAGCGUGCGUCGGUUCCGUAUGGAUAUCCCCGAAGAUGAAGAGCCGGAAUCGGAUUCUCAAGGAAAUCCGCAGGCCCAGCUCUUGGAGCUCUUGGGAAAAACCAGCUUGAAUUCAAAUUCACCUGAUGGAGCUCGAAGACGUUGGACAUGUCUUCGUUCGAAGUCUUCUCCUCUUCCUAAUGCCUAA